AUGAGAGACGACUACACUGAAUGGGAACGCUUCUCCCAUCCGGACCCGGACGAGGAAGACGCUUCGAUUCUGGACGAAAUUCAAACCCUGCGAGAAUUUGCCGAGUCCUUCGGCACAGCCAUUGCUACUGCAGCAGAGGAUGCUGCACGCCAACUAAUGUCGCUCGUCGACGAGGGCCGCGUGGUCGAGAAGCACCAGAAAAACGUCGUGGACAAAGGCGAACGUGUCUCCUGGUUAUUAUGGGAUGCUACUAUCGACAUGCCGCGCUACCAGCCUGCCAGUCUCAAGUUAAUUGAAGCGAUCCGCGCGCUGCCUCAGCUGGAACGAACCGAGGAGCAGAUCCGCACCGGCGGUUUCGAGGACCGACUAGAAGCCUGGAGGUCCUUGGAGGCAUUCGAUUACAUUUGGUCGGAGACAUAUUCCCGUGAGUGGCACUUUGAUUUUCUUCUCCCGCCCCUAACAGACCAACGCCGUGCAGUCGGUUUCUUUGCUCCCAUGGCAUAA